AUGAGUGAGGAAAAAAUAAUUUCAAAUCAUGGUGUAGAAAUAGCAUCAAGUUCAUCAGAUUCAAAAGAUUUAGAAAAUCAUUUAGAUGAUGAAAUUCAUUUAGAUUUAAAAAAACAUACUAUAGAAGAAAUUAAUUCUUCUGGUCAUUGGUAUGAUAAAACUUUUAAAAUUUUUGGUAAAAAUUAUCAUUAUUCAAAUUCAAUGGUUCAAGUUGUUGUUUGUGCAUUUGUUAUAUUUAUGACUCCUGGUAUGUACAAUGCACUUAGUGGUAUUGGAGCAAGUAUUAGUGAUAAACCAACAGCUGAUAAUGCAGCAGUUGCAUUAUAUUCAACAUUUGCAACUAUUGGAUUUUUUGGAGGUACAAUUGUAAAUAUAAUUGGUGUUAAAUAUUCUUUAAUGUUUGGUGGAUUAGGUUACGCCUUGUAUGCAGGAUCAUAUUUAUCUUUCAAUCAUAAUGAAAAUAAAGGAUUUGUUAUAUUUGCAGGUGCAUUUUUAGGUUUAUGUGCUGCUGUAUUAUGGGCAGCUCAAGGUCAAGUUGUUUUAAGUUAUGCAGAUGAAAAAAAUAAAGGUAAGGCUAUUAUGAUAUUUUGGGUUAUUUUUAAUUUAGGUGCAGUUAUUGGUAGUAUUAUUCCAUUAGCUGAUAAUAUUAAUAAUGUUGGAUCAGCAGCUAAUGAUGGUACUUUUAUUGCAUUUAUUAUAUUAAUGUGUUUUGGAUCAUGUAUUGCUUAUUUUAUGUUAGAACCAUCAAAAGUUUAUAAAUCAGAUGGUACAAAAGUAGCAGUUGAUCAACAUAAAGCUCCAAAUGUUAAAGAUGAAAUUAUUGCAUUAUUUAAAUUAUUAUUUAAAGAACCAAAAAUUUUAUUUAUGUUUCCAAUGUUUUUUGCUUCAAAUUGGUUUUAUACUUAUCAAUUUAAUAAUGUAAAUCAUGGAAUGUUUAAUUUAAGAACAAGAUCAUUAAAUUCUUUAUUAUAUUGGUUUGCUCAAAUGAUUGGUGCAAUUAUUUUAGGUUAUAUAAUGGAUUUAAAAUAUUUGAAAAGAUCAACAAGAGGUAGAAUUGGUUGGAUUAUUUUGUUUGUUACUGGUUUAGCUAUAUGGGGAGGAGGAUUAAAAUUUCAAUUAGGAUUUACAAGAGAAGAAGUUGAAGCAACCCCUCCAAUUAUUGAACCAAUGGAUUAUACUCAAGGUAAAUAUAUUGGACCAAUGUUUUUAUAUAUAUUUUAUGGAGCUUAUGAUGCAUUAUUUCAAACUUUUACAUUAUGGUGUAUUGGAGCAUUAUCAAAUAAUCCAAAAAAAGUUGCAUUAUAUGCUGGGUUUUAUAAAGGUAUACAAUCAGCAGGUGCUGCAAUUGCUUGGAGAUUAGAUGCUAUAGCUUUACCAUAUAUGAAUUUAUUUGCUUCUAGUUGGGCAUUAUGUCAAGCUUCAUUAAUUAUUGCAAUCCCAUUAAUUUGGUUUAGAAUUUCUGAUCAUACUGAUGCUAUACAAGAUGGUAUGGAUGAUAUUGUUGGUAUGGAUGAAAUUGAAGCUGUUAAAUCUACUACUGAACAUAAAGAAUAG